UUUCAGCAGGUGCAUCAAAAUGGAAGCGGAACUAAAUAUUAUGUUCUCCUGGGUAGAAUAUUUAGUGGUGGUAGCCAUGCUACUACUCUCCGUCCUGGUUGGCGUCUACUACACCUUCUUCAACAAGCAGAAGACCUUCAAGGAUUACAUGCAGGGCGGGAAGACUAUGGGGGUGCUCCCCACAUCCAUGUCCUUUGUAGCCAGCUUAAUUUCAGGAAUCGCUUUGCUUGGAAUUCCUGUUGAAGUUUACUUGUAUGGGACUCAGGUAUUUCUCGGGAACUUUAUCUCUAUAGCAGUGAUGAUAAUAGGUGGCGUUUUCUAUCUUCCCGUUUAUUUCAAUCUUCAACUGCACUCAAUUUUUCAGUAUUUGGAGCUGAGGUUUAAUAGCAGCGUUAGGAUCCUAGGCACAUUGUUGUACACCUGCAUUCUGAUGGCGUAUAUGCCUGUUGUGUUAUUCGUUCCUGCUCUUGCUUUCAAUCAAGUUACAGGUAUAUCAGUCCAUGUCUGCACCUGGGUCAUCAGCGUAUGUUGUCUGUUGUACACCACUUUUGGAGGUCUAAGAGCAGUUAUGUGGACCGACACCAUACAGAACGUGUUCACACUUUUUGGAACGAUAUUUAUUGUUGUGGUGGGAUGUUGGAAACUCGGCGGCCCACGAGAGGUUCUAAGAAUAAACGAACAAGGAGCAAGACUAGAAAUUUUUAACUUUGAUCCAGAUCCUACAGCACGUAACACUGUGUGGACUGUAGUAAUUGGCUACACAUGUAACUACCUGACUGGGGUCGUAGCCAACCCCGGGUCCGUCCAGAAGUUCCUCUCCGUCCCAACGUACAGACACACCAAGUGGGUUCUAUUCUACAGCACCAUUGGUUUUGUGGUGAUAAACAGCUUGUGUUAUUUCCUUGGCGUAGUUCUGUACGCGAGAUAUCAUCAGUGUGAUCCUGUCGCAGCUGGAGUCAUCACCAAGGCCAAUCAAAUGGUGCCCCUGUACGUGAUGGAAGUUGGUAGAGACUAUCCUGGUCUCGCGGGACUGUUCAUGUCUGGAGUCAUGAGUGCAGCUCUCAGUACAUUGUCGGCCUGGCUUAAUGCUGUGGGAGGAAUAUUGUAUAAAGAUUUCAUGGAAGUGUUCUAUCCCAGAGUAAAGCAUUCUGAAGAAAAACAAUCCACUAUUAUAAAAUCAAUUAUCGUCAUCUUAUGUAUAGUUUGUGCAUCCUCUGGUCGUUGUAAUUGAGAAACUAGGAACCAUCUAUCAGGUGACAGUGAGUAUGCUCAGUAUUGCAUAUGGUGCGACUUUGUCUCUGUUUACGCUUGGGAUAUUCUUCCCAUGUGUAAAUUCAAAGGGUGCCGUAGCAUCAGCGGUUACGAGCCUGCUGGUAUCCAGUUGGGUGAUCAUA